UGUCAAAAACGUAUGUCUUAUUCUGUCAAAAAUAUCCGCAAGUGACACAGCAGCAUUACAUGGUUAUAAAAACAAAACCGGUAAAGUUCAGUAAAAAUCAGUGUUAGAAAUGUUUCGCAACCAAUACGACAGCGACGUGACCGUCUGGAGCCCCCAGGGCCGCCUCCACCAGGUGGAGUACGCCAUGGAGGCCGUAAAUUUGGGCUCCGCCACCGUGGGUCUCAAAAGCAAGACUCACGCCGUUCUCAUCGCCCUCAAAAGAGCCUCGUCUGAACUAUCAGCCUACCAGAAGAAAAUCAUCAACAUCGACGACCACAUCGGAAUCACCAUCUCAGGCCUCACAGCCGACGCCAGAAUCCUGAGCCGUUACAUGCGGACUGAAUGCCUCAAUUACAAGUAUUCGCACGACACCCACUUGCCCCUAAACCGCCUCAUCAGCCAGCUGGGAAACAAGAUGCAGUUGUGCACUCAGAGGUACGACCGCAGGCCCUACGGCGUGGGGCUCCUUGUGGCGGGUUAUGACGACCAGGGGGCCCACAUUUACCAGACCUGCCCCUCUGCCAAUUACUACGACUGUAAGGCAAUGUCAAUUGGGGCGCGUUCGCAGAGCGCUAGGACUUACCUGGAGAAGCACUUGGAGGAAUUGUCUUCGUGUUCUCUUGAAGAGCUGAUUAAACACGGCUUGAGGGCUCUUAGGGACACUUUGCCCCCUGAAGUCGACUUAACCAUUAAAAACGUUUCCAUCGGUUACGUUGGCAAGGGACAAAGCUUCAAGAUUUUGGUCGAUGAUGAAACUGGGCCUUACUUGGCUAUGAUUCAGGGUGAGGAGAGGAGAGGGGGUGGGGCUCAAGAGCCCCCAGCAGGGCCUCUCAGAGAUGAGGCGGGGGACCAAGACCAGGGCCCCAGGGAUCCGGUUCCAGCUGUAGCAAUGGAUACGGAAUAAGGAUAAUGGGGCCUUUUCAUUUUUCGUUAAUCAGUUGUGUUUUACCUCUGAGAAAUUGGAUUGGUUUUGUGCCGUGGCUGUCGUAAGUGAGGCAGCCACGGCACAGGAUCACUAAAUAUUACUAAACUGUAUUCUUUUAUUAAAUAAUCAAUAAACGAAGUAAUUUGUAAA